AUGCUGCAAGAGGUAUCAACCAACCAACUGGACUUCGAGACACUUGGUGAAGACUACGCCGCGGAGGGGAGAUGGAUAGCGCUGCAGAAUCUCCGUCGCAUCUGGAGAUGCUGCGAGCAUAUUCUUUGCGUGGUGGAAAAAGCGUUCAUGAAAACCAGACGACAAAGUGGACGAGCCUCGCCAGAGCUCAAAGAGCGGGCGGUGACUCGAGUGGCCAGUCUCUGCGAGCCAUGUCUCGGGAGCAGUUACCUGUCGGAAGUGUACUUCAUUCCGGACGUGGGAGACGUGCCGUCUCUACGAAGCGUAACGGUGUAUUUUUCGCUGGACAAUGACGAGAUCAUUGGGAUCGAAUGGCGACUGCAGGGUGAGAAAUCCGGACGGCUUCUGGGACGCCGCACCUCGUCGCUGGAAAGAAAGGGGCUUCCUCGUGAUCUCGCUAUCAGUGGGUUCGUCCUGAGUCUGGGUUCGACACGCAAUGCAUUCAGUAACGAGCAGAGUAUCUACGGAUUGGGGAUCCUGACUGAGGGUAGCCCGGAAGUUCGUAUCAAGCUGGGAUCAUGGACGGAUAACGACCUAGUGCAGGCGUUCCGGGCCGACUGGCUGGAGACAGAGGGCCACCGGGUGGUGGGAAUUGCAGGGCAUUAUGAUGAAUUCAACCUCAGCAGCUUCGGCAUCAUCACAGCAGACCUGACAACUUCACAAAUAAAAAUCACCAUGCCACCGCUAUUCCCACGGGGAUUCAUCCACUACCGCUGGAUCCAAAAGUACCCGCCGCCGGGGUACGUCCUUCGACCGAUCUCAUACGUAGAAUCAAGCGAGAGCUGGCCGGGCCAUCACCCACCGAUCCUAGAAGCGCCGGUGAUAGUCAUCGAGCUGAGCGGACGGGAUCUGCGCGCAGUGAGGGUAUAUUUCCAACCGAAAGAGCAGCAAUGCGUGGGGAUGGAGUUUGAAUUUACGGACGACAGCACGCAGCUGGUCAGUGCGGAUGGAGUCACGGAGAAGAAAAACCUAAAGAUGACGACGAUUCGCCUACGGGGGGAGCGUAUCAUGGGGUUUACGUGUUGGUAUGGGAGGAGACGGGUGAUUCAUGGAUUGGAGUUUGUAACGAGUCGCAGCCGCACGGUGGGAGCCGGGAGACGCAAAUGUGUCGAGGGACAAUUUUCAUAUCAUGAUCACGACGCGAGAGAGGUUGGGGGGUUGUAUGCUGGGAUUCGAUCUUACGGGAUUGAGAGUUUGGGAUUGAUAGUGAGAUGCUGA